CAAGGUCUAGAGCUAUAUCAGGGUGUGAGUUGAACAAUGAUUGUAUGAUCAACAGGUGAAGGAAAAAAAAAGAAAAAAAAAAAGAGAUAUGGGAGGUUUUGCUUGGACCGAAGAAGAAGAUCACUUGCUCAAGAAAUGUAUAGAGCGGUAUGGAGAUGGGCAGUGGCAUCGGGUACCUCUUUUGGCUGGACUAAACAGGUGCCGCAAGAGCUGUAGACUGAGAUGGUUGAACUACCUACACCCAAACAUCAAAAGAGGGAAUUUUGCAGAAGAGGAAGUGCAGCUCAUCAUUAAGCUCCACAAGCUCCUGGGAAACCGGUGGUCACUGAUUGCUGGGAGACUCCCAGGAAGAACAGCAAAUGAUGUAAAGAAUUAUUGGAAUUGCCACCUGCGUAAAAAGCUCAAUGCUCAAGAAACUGAAGAGGAAGAUCAAAAUGCAAUAAAUGUGGAAAUCAUAAGGCCCCAGCCACGAAGUAUUGCAACAACAGGCUCUAUGAAACCAAGAAGCCCGGAUCAUAUUGCUCCAAAUAGCCAGCCAACAAUAGAAGAAAGCAGCAUGUCGACACCUUUUCCUUAUGUUGAAGUUGAUCAACGAGGCAAAGAGCUUGUAAAAGCAGACAGCAGCCUAGGAGUGGACGAGCCUGGAAAAUUUGUUAGUGAUUUGGCUACAGAUCACUUUGGCCAGUUUGAUGAAGUUAAUGUAUUGAGGACUGAUGAAUGCUGCAGCAAAUGGGAUUGGGAUGAUUUGAUCUCAGACAUGGAUUUAUGGACUGAUUCAUUAUGAAUAUGAUUUUCCUAAGUGAUAAUUAAUAAUCAGUUGAGUUAAGAUAACAUCAGGGGUUUUAAAUUCUUAU